CUACUAACGUUUAAAAGAAAACCUUUAUUAAGUAAAUGGAAGAUGGAGUUCAGGCAAGCACAAGCUGUUUGCAUUCCAGCAAUUCACCUGCACAUGACUGCAGCCACCAUGCAAGUCAGCCAGAAGGAUUUUGAAAAGGCUCAAGAACAACUGAAGCUUUUGAAAAAGGACCCUGGGAAUGAAACGAAGUUGAAGCUCUACGCUUUGUUUAAACAGGCUACUGAAGGUCCCUGCAAUUCUCCAAAACCAGGUAUGCUGGACUUCGUCAAGAAAGCCAAGUGGGAUGCUUGGAAUUCUCUUGGCACUUUGUCUCAGGAUAAUGCCAGGCAGAAAUAUGCUGAGCUUGUCUCAAGUUUGGUCUCUGCAGAAUCUGCUGGCCAAAAGAAAGAUGCUUCUCCAGAAGAGGGCAGACAUGAUGGCUAUGAAACAAUACUGGUUACCACCAAAAACAAUAUCACAAAAAUAAUGUUUAACCGACCUGAAAAGAAAAAUGCCAUCAACCAUAAGAUGUACAGAGAAAUUAUCAAAGCACUUGAAGAAGCUGGAAAAGACGAUUCUACAAUAGCAGUUAUUACUGGAAAUGGAGACUACUAUAGUAGUGGAAAUGAUCUGAAUAAUUUUGCUAAUAUCCAACCUGGGGAAAUGGAGAAGAUGGCAAAAGAUGGAGCAGUAUUACUCAAAGAGUUUGUGGGUCAUUUUAUUGAUUUUCCCAAACCACUGAUUGCAGUGGUAAAUGGUCCAGCUGUUGGAAUCUGUGUAACAGUCCUUGGAUUGUGUGACAUUGUCUAUGCUUCUGACAGGGCUACAUUUCACAGCCCAUUUAGUCAACUUGGACAGAGCCCAGAAGGAUGUUCCUCUUACCUAUUUCCAAAAAUCAUGGGCUUAGCUAAGGCAAAUGAGAUUUUGCUUUUCAAUAAAAAGCUGACUGCAGCAGAAGCCUGUGCCCAGGGACUUGUGACUGAAGUCUUCCCCGACAGGACUUUUCAGAAGGAAGUUUGGGCAAGAUUAGAAGCUUAUGCAAGCCUCCCCAAAAAUUCCUUGGCAGUGUCAAAGCAACUGUUACGAAGUGUGGAAAAGGAGAAGCUCCAUGAAGUCAACAGUAAAGAGUGUGAAGUCCUGACGGAGAGGUGGUUAUCUGAUGAAUGUAUAAAUGCUAUUGUCAGCUUCUUUCAGAGGAAAUCAAAACUCUAAUCUUCACCAGUAGAAUAAUUCACCUUCUGGCAAUAGCUUAGUCUGCCCUUAUCGUUAAUAAACUUUCUCUUCAAGUAAUAAUUCUUAUACCUUUUGAUGUGGUGUAUUUCUGUUCUCAGUACUGGGUUAAAACUGGUUCAUAAAAUUAAUGAAAUGUUAUGUGCCUUGGAUCCAUUAUGGAUAUUUAGGUUGGGGGAAAAAGGUUCAUUAUUCUGUAGGCAGCAGUGAUGUUUCUGAACAAUACUGAAGCAGAUUGUCUUCCAAAAGAAGCAACAAAUUCAAUAGCAGCAUAUUUUGAUAGCUCUUCAAUAAAUCUUACGAGUGAUUCCUUUUAUUCCUCUGUGGGGAAGGAAAUACUGUAUUAAUGAAAAAAUAAAUGGAAUCAUUUAA